UACACUACCGCCGCCCAGCCCAGUCCAACAAUAGGUUAGCAGACGAAUCGCGUGCGGCAAGUGUCAAAAACAGAAAAACGCACAGUCUGCGACGUGAUAGUAUUUCCUUUGUUUUCUCUUGGUCUCGUAACUUUCCUUGCUAUAGGAUAUCGACCAGACACGCAACAACACAGGAGCCAUGCUCGGCUGGCUAAUUAAGUCAACUCAACGGCGGUUAGCUGGAACGGAGUUGUAAGAAAAAUGGUGCGAGUGAUACCGGUGCACAACUUUCUCGAGCAGAAUGUUGCGCAAAUCGAUGAGCCGACAGCAAGUUGCGUCGCUAAUACCGACGUCGCUGAAUAUUUAUUACUCGCGUCUAGUAGCCACUGUGUCGAGGUGCGUGACUUGACCGUACCUGAUCUCAAGUUCCUCACUGCUUUUCCCACCGUUGACCUUGCCUGUCAGCUCGUGCACUGCACCAAGGGCAACUAUGUCGCCGCUUUGGAAUCCAAGGUCACCAGGGACAGUGUGCACACCAACAACUUUGUUAGGGUGUAUGUUAACUGGGCUACACAGGAGAGACAAGCUAUGAGGGCUAGGAUUGCUGGAAGGGUCACCCCCAGCUUGAAUAGGCCACAAAAUAGCCUGGAGAUGAUUGAGUUGCCGUUGAAUUCCAAGCCUACGGCUAUAGCUUGCUGUCAAGCUACUGGUAACUUGUUGGUGGCUACAGGUAGUACUCUUAUUUUACAUGAGUUCAAGAUAGAGACACAGAAUCCAUCAAAGUUGAAAUUUAUUGAUUUUGAAGCAAGACCAUGGUCUUUAGGAUUACACUUUUCACCCUUACAUUUAGAAAUUGUAGAAGAUUUCAUAUCAGUGAUGGAUUCCUCCAAGUUUGUUGUGUUUAGACUUACCAAUCCUUUGUAUGAUGAUAUUGAUCAUCUAAGUAGUCUCACUUCUACAACUUCCUCUUCCAAUGACAAGACAACCAUAUCGACAGAUUUCUGUAGCAUGGAGACUAUGGAUAACUCUAUUGCUAGUAAUGAUUCCAAUUUGAUGAAACAUAAGAAUAAUACUAAUCAAAAGAAUGUUGAUCGGAAUUCCAAUCCUCACAGUCUUUUUAAUUUAUCAGCUUCAAAAAAGAAAGGUAAUUAUAUCGAUUGGGACCGUUUGGCAAGCAAUGAAAAACCAGAAUUGGAAUCUUUAAUAAAUGAAGGAUACGUCGAGCAUAGUAGUCAGCCUUUUUCUAUAAAUUUACCUUCUAUUUCUCUGGAAAGAGCUGGGCCAGGACACACUCUAAAUCCUUUCAUACUUAAUUCCGCUGAUACAGAAGUGUUCAUCAAAACAACAUCUCCAGAUAAUGGUUGGUCAGAAAAUUACAUGGUGAAAUGCAUUCUACGUUUAAAAAUUGCUAAAGCAUAUGACACACCUAGGGGAGAUGCAAAUAUGGAAUUUUUUACAUGUUCUGUUCUGAAGCCAUUGUACAUGAAAAUUAGUCACAAUUACAAUGGAUUGAAAAGGUCAAUACUUAGAUCUGAAAAAUACAAAUAUCUCAAUGGAGUAACAUGUUUGAUUUGUACAACUCAAGAAGGAUACAUUUAUCAUUUCAACACAGAAAGCAGUGAUGAUAUUAAUCCUACAUGCCUGACCACUUAUCCCUUUACUGCUCCAGUAAUACACGUUGCACUAGAGUACACUGUUUUACAUGCUUUAACGGAAGCUGGAUUGGAAUCCUAUACACUACGUUUAUCUCAUCAUAUUGCAAAAAUGUCUCCUCAGCAUAUGAAAAUUGUUUGUCCAGAUAUAUCUGAACCUGUUUGCUUGAUUGGCCUACGUCCCUUUCAAAGCAUUCAGAAAUUAAUAAAUUCUGAUAAAAGCAUCACACUCUUAGCUAAAGUGGAAAAUAAUUGGACUCUCUAUUCUUUAAUUUUACCUAAACCAGAAAAUAUUUAUUAUGAUAUUGUUAAUGCUGCGAAAAAUCACAGAACAACUAGUCCAUCAACCUAUCGCCAUUUAUUAGAGGAAGCCCAUGCCAUGUUGCGUUUAGCAAAAGAUGUAGUAGAUUUACCAAGUAAUAACAAUGAUCAGUCUCCAAACGACUCGAAAGUGGAGAGUCUUUAUAAUCAGUCAUGUGCCCUUUUAGGAGAUUAUUUCAUCAAAUCCGACUCCGAAUUAGAACGACGUCUUUGCAUUCCAUACUAUAAAAUGUCAGGACUAAAACCCAGCGAAAUUCUUUCGAGGAAAUCGACAUUCAAUGCUCCAGGCUUGGUGACCUACAUCAGGGACAUUUUAAUGACUGUCAAAAGUGGUCCGGAAGCCGAUGCGCUUUUCCAAAGUCAAGAUAUUGUUGAAAUAAUCAGCUCGGAGAGUCGCGAAGAUCUAUUAAAUAUGGUCUUGGGAAGCGUUGUUCUACGAGAAUAUACCACGGAAAAAUUAAUUAAACUCUUGUCGUCGCAGACUAAAGAUGACUAUACUCAAUUAGCACUUUCGCUUCUGUACAUUCAAGCGGAAAAAGAAUUUCUCGCUGAAAAUGCAUUGGAAGCUGUGUCGAAUAGAUUUCUCUCGCGUACUGUAUUGAAUUAUCCGCAUUUGCUGUUCGACGACGAUGUGUUCGAUUCGAGGAACCGAGCUAUUUUAUCUUUCUCAGACUUUGCGGCUAAAUUAAUUUGUCGUAAAAGUCAAGUUUUUGCGGAAAUUCUUACAAAACUAGUCGAAGAAGAGGUGCUUUCUCUUCAUCAAGUCAUGCAGGUUUUCUUAGAAUAUUUGCCAUCAAGGGUAGGACGUGAUGGGCAUGAUGCAGCAGCUGGUUUGCAACAGUUCCUGGAAACUUACCUUCAGAGUUAUUUUGACAAUGUGCAGGAUAAAAACGAUGUCACCUACAAUGACGCUUUAGUGGAAGCUUUCACAAUUUUAGUCAGAUCUUAUUUAGGUAAAUUGAUGCAAUCCAAAGUUUACAAGUCAGAUAAAGCUUUGGCCGACGGAGAGUGGAAAAAUUAUGACGCUUACCUCUUCAAGAGUCAGAGACCAAAAUACUUAGAUAAGAUGCCGCCUUGCUUAAAAGAUUACAAAAAAAUCAUGAAUGCCUUGGAUUUGGAUGAUUUUUCGAAAUUAAAUAACGCAAAUAACGAUAAGACUAUUCGAGUUGAGCUACUGAAGCUACAAGCAUUGAUGGCCAGCGAUUUUUUACCUGCUGAAUGUUUUAAAGAAGUCGAACAAUUUUUAAACACUGAAGAGAUCGACGGCAGCUUAGCUUUUCACACUUUGUGCAAUAGAAACACGGAAGCUGUUACGCAAAUGUUGAUAGAACAGUGUCCUCAGGCUGUUUUGCAAUAUGCUAAGGAUAUGUAUACCAAAGAAACGGAAUGGAAAUUACUGGUAGAUUUGCUACAGCAAAAAAUUUCAAAUAAUGAUUCUAGUCAAGAAUUACAUUUGUUCUAUGAGCAGACAAUGAUAGAUACAUUAAAAUAUGCAGCAGAAAUUUUACCUCUUAAGUCUUUACAUUACAUCCUACCUAAAGAUGAUGAUGAAACCUUUCAGCGUUACAUUGACGUUUGUGGUCAGAUCGUGCACGCGGAACACGUAAAAUCUUUAUUGAUGGAAACUGGACGUCAGUUGUUAUCAACGCUAAAUUUAUAAUCUUGUAGUAAGGAAUCUUUACAAAUCAAGAUAGAAAUUUUUGAAGCAUCUACAAACAAUAAUGUCGUUAAAUAACUCGUUGGCACGAUUCCUUUUUUUUAUUCAAAAACAUUUUGCUUGUUCCAGUUCAUUGUUUUAUCUCUUUGUCAUAUAAAUCUACGGAAUUCCUUAUGAUAUUAAUGUUAAUUGCUUCCACUGGAAUCUUUAUUUUCGAUCAAGCUUCCAAGAACCUGAUUCUCUAUAUUGCCUUAAUAGUAUAUUACGAUACAAGUGCGGGAAAGUAGAUUCUCUCGCUUCGCUCGGGCGUAAAUGUCACACGAGACGAGAAACUCUUUCCCAAACAUGUGCCGUACCGUAUUUUUCAAUACGACUUGUGGAAAGUACGAUUUUCAAUGCUCGUUUUUCGCUAAGUAUGCGGGAAAGACGUACUUUGCAUACGGAGUGUCAAAAAAGUAUUUUUAUUGAGUCACUUAAAUUUUAUUUGAGUAAUUUAAUUUCUAUUUUGCUAAGCAUUGUUCACUUUUAGACACAAUUUUUCUAAUAGAUGUAAUACUAUGCAAAAUAACUGAAGUAUCAAAUGACAAAUAACGACAAAUUACUAUAAACAAUUCAAAUGUUAUAUUGUAGAAAGUGUUCUUAUUCAAUGUUUAUAUGUGAAAUGAACUAUAACAUUUUCAUUUGAAAUUUUAUCUCUAGAUCAAAUUAGUAAUGGAUGAGACUGUUAAAAAUAUUUAAUACUUUAAAUGAAUUUUUUAAGGAAUAUGAUGAAAAUGAAAUUAUAAAAUUUGAAUAUACUCGGUAUAACGUUUAUAUCAUUUCAUUUUUAUUAACAAAAUACUUAUCUCUAUAUUCUACAUUUGUGCAAAUUAUACCAGAUAUAUAUUGUUGUAUCUCUGAUCAAUUUUAUUUAGAAGAUCAAUUAUUGUUACUAAUUCUGUUAAAAAAUAUCAAUAAAGCAUCCGAAUUAAAAAAAUAGUUGCUUAAAAAUAAAUUAAGCUCGAAAUUUAAUUAUAAAAAAUAAAAAUCAUUGUUCAAUAAAAAAUACGAAAAGUAUGUUUUAAACGUUAAUUAAUAUUAUUUUACUAAUGUACUGUAAAAAUUUCAGUAAUUUACUAUAUUAUUUGUAAGUGCAUUAAAACUAACAUUUUUUUAAAUGUAUAAAUUUCAUGUUACCGGUGUAGAUGACGUC